CCUUUUUAUCACAGUUAGCCAUCAACGAAGAAAUAAAUCAGAGUAAUUUUCGUCCGAACAGGAGGAUGGUGGUGAUGCAUCAGCUAGUGCAUGAAGUUGAUUUAUCCAGCGCACACACCAUCGAAAUUCAAUCAUUCAAUUGACUUGGGAAAUAAUGAUUUUGAGGAGAACUAGACUCAGAAGUAUAAAAUCUUGGACAGAGUCGCCGCAUAAAUUUUGCGACGGGCUACAAUUUCAGUGGUCCGUUUCACUUGAGAGGAUACAACCGACGAUGAUUCAGCGCACUUCCAGCCUUAUACUUCUUUCUGUAAUGUUAGCAACUGUUUUCUCUUCAUUGACUAGCCCCUUGUUUUGUGGAUUACUCUAUUUAGAAGGAUCGUAUGCCCUCUCGCAUUCGAAUUGCUAUAAGGGAAAUCAUUGCUUACUUCCUCCUACUAUAGUUUCUUCCGGCAAUAGAGCGAUUACUGUUGCCAUUCGAAGUGGUGCAAUCACUAGUCAGACGUCGAACAGCGUUCUGCACAUGGCAAUUUCUUCAAAGGACUUGAAGAACGAUACGAGUGUUCCAACGACGGAAAUCACGAGUGGUGCCAACAAGAAUAAGAAGCGGCAAAAAUCAACCAACAAUAACGACAAAGAUACCGCCGAAGCAAGGCAGAGAGGAGCAAGAAAAUUGAAACCAAUUGGAAACAAUGUGGUAUCGCGACUCGCUAGGGCGGCCAAAGAGGCUGCCGCGGCAAAGAAAAGGAAGAAGAAAACGAAAAAUUAUGCCGAGAAAAACUAUGCAAGUAGCAACUUGCGAAGAGAGAAUGAUCACAAAGUUGUAGAUGACGACUUGUACUUUGACAACGACGAUACAAUGUUUGACAACGGCGGUGUACAAGAUGAAGAGGAGCAUCAUGAUUUAUCCUCGAUUACCAACUUGAACAAAGUUAUCGACGAAGAACUAUUGCGACACCCUGACGGAUAUAAGCCAUCCCGAGAGACAGAUUCGAUACGAAUCUUGCUAGAGCACAACAAUAAUCAAGAUCGCAAUAACGGCCGUACGGGUACAACUCUUCAAAAAAAAUCAAUCAUUUCCUCGUCAUCACCCUCAAAGUCUUCCUCAUCCAAGCUCCGCAAGAAAAAAGAUUCUAAUUUAAUACACAAUGAUGUAGCAAUAGUAUUCGCAAGGCCACUUGUCGAAGGUCAAUUGACAAUUGAAUACGCCGUUCGAUUAGUCUCUCUCGCAAAGGCCAUGAAAUUCGAAGGAUACAAACCAAGUCUGAUCUGCUUCUGCAGUCCAGCUUCUGCAAAUGGGGCUUCUACUCUUUCUUCUCAAUCAACGAUCCGGUCUGCCUCAAAAUCAAAAAGUGACGGUGUUACUUCGAUGGGUUUUGAAUUUUUCCGGCAACUGUGCGUGGCAAAUGAAAUAUCACUCGAUGGUACCAGCCUUUGUCCAAUACCCAAUGCAUCAUCCCAAUCGAUUUCUAGAAGCAUUGACCAGCAAUACGAUAGUGAUGACCCCAACGAUACUUAUCGCAGCACCUUUUCAACCCAGCAUACUUCUACAUCCUCCUUUCGUUCCUCCUGGUCCCCAUUUUCACUCAGCCCUAUAGUGAAAAAACUAUUGGAUAAAAAAUACCUCGAGAAGUGGCUCGAAGAAUCCCAAGACUACGAGUCGGACAUGGACGAGUACGGUAUGACGCGACAAGAACCUCGGAAAAAGAUUCACAUUCACUGGAAGUUGUUUAGUACUGAGUACGAUUUGUGCAACCUAAACGACAUUCACAUCCGAUCCCCGCGGCAAUCGCCCUUGGCUAGACUUGUGCAUGAUCUCGAACAUGCGGCGAACAGCGAACACUAUCGAAGGGGAAUCAUACGAACGACGUGGUCCUAUCACUACUCUAUCUACCCCUACGUUGUAUCUUCCAACACGGAGAAAAUGAAGGAGGCCUUUUUGGGCAAGUGUUACCUCAUGGCACAGGCGUUGCUGCCUCUUUUGGUCAAUCUCAAGGGGGUAGCAGACAAUGUAAGUUUGUUCUGCACCAAGUUCUUUUUGUAUGUGGUCUAGUAUGAAUUAAAUGGAAGCGAGGUUACUUUCUCUAGCUUUUUCGUGCUCAUCCCAACCCAAAUACUGCUUGUAACAAUAACACAGUCAGAAUUUUUCCAGCGCGAUAAUUACCGCACAUUGGUUGCCACGCGUCGCUCCCUGGCCACGCUGCUCGAGGAGAUGAACGAAGCCUAUCGGGACAACAGGGAGCGACAGGCGGCUUCGAUCGUGAUCCCCCCAACCCUUAAGGCCCAAUUGAAAAAACAAACCUCCGAAUCUUCGGCUACGAUUAGUAGCAUCGAGAUUCACCUGGAAUGUGCCCUUUUGUCACUGGGUCGGUGUUGCGAUCUGGUGCGCCCCGCGGGGACCUUCUCGGAGCAAUCUGUCUCACGACAAGGGUGGAAAGAUGCCCUAUUGCACCUGCAAGACUUUAUGGUUCGAAUCGAGGGCAACUGCGAUCCUGAUCGUCCUGUCUCGGCAGACCAAUGGGGCGGAAAAAUCAUCGAGAAUCGAUCGGUGAUUGAGUUGUUGUCUUGAGCAGGGAGUUGCAGACCAUGUUUCGACCUCUGCGAUUUGCAACCCAAAAAAUUCCAGACACGCUGUUCCGAUAGCAGCAACUGCAUAAAGGCUUAAAAUCUAUCCAUGACCAGGUGUGUUGUUCCGACGACGCUGUUGGCGUUUCCGAACCAACAGCGCCGUUCUGGGACAGCUGACUACUCUAGUGAUCGACCCAAAAGGUUGGAUCUAUGCAGACAGAAAAGCAACAACAAGGAGCGAGGAGAUAAUCUCAAUGAUUUCUUGAGAAAUCAAUACUAGGAGGAGAAGCAAGGGUAAUUGUUCCAACAGUUUGUUGAUGCAUCAUUGGGUCAGUAACAACUGCCAUGUAUUCUGGCAUAAGCAGUUGCUGGUGGAAAAUUAUGAAAAUCUCUUUUAAGAGUAGGAGUGCAAGAAAACAUCCACCAGAGAACAAUAAGAUGUCUAUUUCCUU